CACGCACAGUCAGGCUAUUCUCUUUCUCUCAGGGCUCUGGUGAGACAGCUCAUUUGUUCCUUUUCCUUUACUAGUCACAGUCCUUUCUUUCCAGGCCAUCUUCUUCUCUGAGUUUUCAAGGGAGUGUUAGCUUAAAGCCUUGCAUUGACACCGUCAGAUAAAAUCAGAAAAUGAAAAAGGCCACAGGAAAGAUAAAGGAUAUUUUAGCCAAGCAGUGCAAGAGAAAUAGCGCCACUUUCAAGCCCUGUUUUCCAUAGUGUCUAAUGGAGACCACUCAGGAGAGACGUCAGCUUUGCUGGGACUGUAGCUUGCUGCCAGACAUGGCCCUCUCGGUGGACUCAUCUUGGCACCGGUGGCAGUGGCGGGUCAGGGAUGGCCUCGCCCCAUCUCCAUCGGAAGCCACACCACUGUUGUCCCCAGAGAAGGGGGCACAGAACUACAACCUGGCACAGCAGCGGGUCGUGUUCCCCAACAACAACGUAUUCCACCAGGAUUGGGCAAAGUUCUCCAGGAGGUACUCCGGCAACAGAAUCUGCACCACCAAGUAUACCCUCUUCACCUUCCUGCCCCAGAAUCUCUGGGAGCAGUUUCACAGAUGGGCUAACCUCUAUUUCCUAUUCCUGGUGAUUCUGAACUGGAUGCCCUCCAUGGAAGUCUUCCACAAGGAGAUCACCAUGGUGCCACUGGCCAUUGUCCUGUUUGUCAUCAUGGUCAAGGAUGGCAUGGAGGACUUGAAGAGACAUCGCUUUGAUAGAGAGAUAAACUGCUCUAGCAUCCAGAUAUAUGAAAGGUAAGGGAAAGCAUUCUUCUGUUUUCUCUGUGGCAGAUGGGUUGUGCAAACUUAUCAGCAUUUUCAAAAAAAUUGAUCUCUCUUCUCACAUUAUGUUUUCUUAAAAUCAUUGAAUUCAGUGAUUCUCAUCCAGGGAGAUUUUCCCCUGCAAGGAACUUUUGACAAUGUCUGGAGACUUCUUUGGUUGCCACAUGCAGAGGAGGGUGUACUGGCAUCUCGCAGGUAAAGAAAAGCCAAGGAGGGAGUUCUCAUUAUGGCUCAGCAGUAACGAGCCCAACUAGUAUCCAUAAGGAUGUGAAUCCAAUCCCUGGUCUUGAUCAGUAGGUUAAAUAUCUAGCGUUGCCAUGAGCUGUGGUAUAGGUCACAGACGUGGCUCAGAUCUGGAGUGGCUGUGGUGUAUGCCGGCAGCUGCAACUCCAUUUGGACCCAUGGCCUAGGAAUUUCCAUAUGCAGCAGGUGUGGCCCUAGGGGGAAAAAAAAGAAGGAAAAAAAAGAAAAAAGGCCAAGGUUGGUGUCAAAUAUACAAUAUACAGGACAACCUCCCACAACAAAGUAUUACAAUCCAGCCCCAAAUGUUAGUAAUGCUGAGAUUUAGAAACCUUAAUUUAACUCAUGCAAACACUCAUAUUAUUAAACCUAAGGAUGUUAAUGGUAUUAAAAGUAGGGUUGUAAGGUAUAUAGUUAAACUCUAAACUUGACUGAAUCAUCUCAGGAGACCAAGCUCAGGAAUAGCUCUUUGAAGAGUGAUGUGCAAUGCCUCCCAAACAAGAAAAUGUCAACUGUUCUUAAAGCAUCCAUGGCUCUUGGCUUAAAGUCCUGGCUCUUGGAACUUAACCAGGUAGGUUUUAGGACCCAGAGCUGGCGCACCUGUUCUUGGCUGCCUGGGAUGGAAAAGGAAGCUACCUGUGGGUGACGUCUGCAUUCCAACAGGUGGAGUCUCAACAAGUAGAAGGAAGUGACCUGGUGGGUACACACCUGUUCUCUGCAAGCUCUUUCCUUGUCAUAUUUCUCCCCUAGCGUUUGUACACCAGCUUUUUAUUUUCAGUUUUCCUUUUGAAAGAAGAAAAAAAUUUUUCAGCAGAGAAGACAAGUAAAAGAUGUCAGGAACAUCGCUUGUUGGCAGCUGAACAAUAGAACUGAUCAGGGAAGGACCUCAUUCCACAGGGAACUCAAGUGCUCUGCUAUGAGAAUUCAAGAGACAGAACUGAGCAGAGAUGAAAAAGGAAGGCAAGAGAAGGAAGAAAAGAAAAGAAGAUAAGAAGUGGGUGGUGGUCUCCAACCUGCCCUUUGAAGGAUGGGCCCACAAAGAGAACCCCAACAGACAUUACCGUGGGAAUCAAAUUAAGACCAGCAAGUACACAGUCUUGUCCUUUAUCCCCAAGAACAUCUUUGAGCAGCUACACCGUUUUGCCAAUCUCUAUUUUGUGGGCAUUGCAGUUCUGAAUUUUGUCCCUGUGGUCAAUGCUUUCCAGCCUGAGGUGAGCAUGAUACCAAUCUGUGUCAUCCUGGCGAUCACGGCCUUCAAGGAUGCUUGGGAAGACCUCCGGAGGUACAAAUCUGACAAAGUGAUCAAUAACCGAGAGUGCCUCGUCUAUAGCAGGAAAGAGCAGAGCUUUGUGCAGAAAUGCUGGAAGGACGUGCGUGUGGGGGACUUCAUCCAAGUGCAGUGCAACGAGAUCAUCCCAGCUGACAUUCUCCUCCUCUUCUCCUCGGACCCCAGUGGGAUCUGCCAUCUGGAAACAGCCAACCUGGAUGGAGAGACAAACCUCAAGCAGAGGCGUGUCGUGAAGGGCUUCUCACAGCAGGAGUUGCACUUCCAGCCGGAACAUUUCCACAACACCAUCGUGUGUGAGAAGCCCAACAAUCACCUCAACAGAUUUAAGGGCUAUAUGGAACAUCCUGAUCAGACCAGGACCGGCUUUGGUAACGAGAGUCUUCUGCUUCGAGGCUGCACCAUCAGAAACACCGAAGUGGCUAUUGGCAUCGUCAUCUAUGCAGGCCAUGAGACCAAAGCCAUGCUGAACAACAGCGGCCCGCGGUACAAACGCAGCAAGAUCGAGCGGCGCAUGAACACAGACGUCUUCUUCUGCAUCGGGAUCCUCUUCCUCAUGUGCCUCAUUGGGGCUGUAGGUCACAGCCUCUGGAAUGGGACCUUUGCAGAACACCCUCCCUUCGAUGUGCCGGAUGCCAAUGGCCACUUCCCUCCCCUUGCCCUCGGGGGCUUCUACAUGUUCCUCACCAUGAUCAUCCUGCUCCAGGUGCUGAUCCCCAUCUCCCUGUAUGUGUCCAUUGAGCUGGUGAAGCUCGGGCAAGUCUUCUUCCUGCACAACGACCUUGACCUGUAUGAUGAGGAGACUGAUAUGUCCAUUCAGUGUCGAGCCCUCAACAUCACUGAAGACUUGGGCCAGAUCCAGCACAUCUUCUCCGACAAGACGGGGACGCUGACCGAGAACAAGAUGGUGUUCCGGCGUUGUACCAUCAUGGGCCGCGAGUAUUCUCACCAAGAAAAUGCCAAGCGACUAGAGACCCCGAAGGAGCUGGACUCUGAUAGUGAAGAGUGGACCCAAUACCGGUGCCUGUCCUUCCCAGCCCGAUGGGACCAAGGCCCAGGAACAAUGAGGGGCCAAGGAGGGGCCCAGCCUCUGAGGAGGAGCCAGAGUGCCCGGGUACCCAUCCAGGGCCACUCGCGGCAGAGGUCUGUGGGGCGCUGUGAAAGCUCACAGCCCCCAGUGGCCUUCAGCAGCUCCAUAGAAAAAGAUGUGACUCCAGAUAAGCAUCUCCUGACCAAGGUGCAAGAUGCAGCUCUGUGGCUGGAGGACUUGUCAGACACCAGACCCUCCAAGCCUUCCCUCUCCACCACCUCCUCCAUUGCUGACUUCUUCCUUGCCUUAACCAUCUGCAAUUCCGUCAUGGUCUCCACAACCACCGAGCCCCGGCAGAGGGUCACUAUGCCACCCUCAACUAAGGCUCUGGGGACAUCCCUGGAGAAGAUCCAGCAGCUGUUCCACAGGCUGAAGCUUUCAAGUCUCAGCCAGUCAUUCUCAUCCACUGCACCCUCCGACACAGACCUGGGGGAGAGUUUUGGGGCCAACAUGCCCACCAUGGACUCAGAAGAGAGAGAUGAUGAGUCUGUAGGUAGCGGCGGCUAUUCCACCGACGGUGGCUACAGGAGCAGCACAUGGGAGAAGGGUGACAUUCUAGAGGUGGGAACAGGGGCCUCUCUGGAGGAGGUGCUGCAGGCCCCAGCCCUCGGCCUGGCCAGCCCAGAGCUCUGUUAUGAGGCCGAGAGCCCGGAUGAGGCUGCCCUGGUGCACGCUGCCCAUGCUUACAGCUUCACGCUGGUGUCCCGCACGCCUGAGCAGGUGACCGUGCGCUUGCCCCAAGGCACCUGCCUCACCUUUGAUGUCCUCUGCACACUGGACUUUGACUCUGUCAGGAAGAGGAUGUCUGUGGUGGUGAGGCACCCGCUGACUGGUGAGAUCAUCGUUUACACCAAGGGCGCCGACUGCGUCAUCAUGGACCUGCUGGAAGACCCCGCCCAUGUGACUGACACUGAUGUGGAAAAGAAGGUGAGGAAAAUCCGAGCCCGGACCCAGAAGCAUCUAGACAUGUAUGCAAGAGAUGGCCUUCGAACACUGUGCAUUGCCAAGAAGGUCCUAAGUGAAGAGGACUUUCAGCGAUGGGCCAGCUUCCGGCAUGAGGCUGAGGCAUCCCUCAACAACAGAGAUGAGCUUCUCAUGCAGACGGCACAGCAUCUGGAAAAUCAACUCACCUUACUUGGAGCCACUGGGAUUGAAGACAGGCUGCAAGAAGGCGUUCCAGACACCAUUGCAACUCUGCGGGAGGCUGGCAUCCAGCUCUGGGUCUUGACUGGAGAUAAACAGGAGACAGCGGUCAAUAUCGCCUAUGCCUGCAAACUGUUAGACCAGACCGACACUGUUUACUCCAUUAACACGGAAAGUCAGGAAACCUGUGAAUCCAUCCUCAACUUUGCACUGGAAGAGGUGAAGCAAUUUCAUGGACCACAGAAGCCAGCCCGCAAGCUCUUUGGGUUCCGCCUACCUCCUGAGACACCGCCCCCCACCUCAGGAGCUGCAGUUCCAGAGGCUGGAUUGGUCAUUGAUGGGAAGACAUUGAAUGCCAUUUUCCAGGGAAAACUGGAGGAGAAAUUUCUGGAGUUAACUCAGUAUUGCCGGUCUGUCCUAUGCUGCCGCUCCACCCCACUCCAGAAGAGUAUGCUCGUCAAGCUGGUGCGAGACAGGCUUGGAGUCAUGACCCUUUCCAUAGGUGAUGGAGCAAAUGAUGUAAGCAUGAUUCAAGCAGCUGAUAUUGGGAUUGGAAUAUCUGGACAGGAAGGCAUGCAGGCCGUCAUGUCCAGCGACUUUGCUAUCUCCCGCUUCAGGCACCUCACAAAGCUGCUGCUGGUGCACGGCCACUGGUGCUACUGGCGCCUGGCCAGGAUGGUGGUGUACUACUUCUACAAGAAUGUGUGCUAUGUCAACCUGCUCUUCUGGUACCAGUUCUUCUGUGGCUUCUCCGGCUCCACCAUGAUUGAUUACUGGCAGAUGAUCUUCUUCAAUCUCUUCUUCACCUCCUUGCCUCCUCUUGUCUUCGGAAUCCUCGAUAAGGACAUCUCGAUGGAGACCUUGCUGGCAUUGCCUGAGCUGUAUAAGAGUGGCCAGAACUCCGAGUGUUAUAACCUGUUGACUUUCUGGAUUUCCAUGGUGGAUGCGUUCUACCAGAGCCUUGUCUGUUUCUUUAUCCCCUACCUGACCUACAAGGACUCUGAUAUCGAUGUCUUCACCUUUGGGACACCCAUCAACACCAUCUCCCUUGCCACAAUCCUCUUGCACCAAGCAAUGGAAAUGAAGACCUGGACCAUCAUCCAUGGCCUUGUUCUCCUAGGCAGCUUUCUGCUCUACUUUGUGGUGUCCCUGGUGUACAAUGCCACCUGCGUCACCUGCAACAGCCCCACCAACCCCUACUGGGUGAUGGAACGCCAGCUCUCAGACCCCACUUUCUACCUCGUCUGCUUCCUCACACCAGUGGUGGCUCUUCUCCCAAGGUACUUUUUCCUGUCCCUACAAGGGACAUAUGGGAAGUCUCCGAUCUUGAAAGCUCAGAAAAUUGAUAAACUCCCCAUGGACAAAAGGGACCUGGAAAUCCAGAGUUGGAGAAGCAGCCAGAGGCCUGCCGCUGUCCCUGGAGAGGCCCAGCCCACCCACCAUCCAGAGCCGCCUGCCCCAGGACAGGACUUCAGAGCCAGCACCCCAAAGAGCUCGAACCCUACCAAGUGGAAAUACAUGGAGGACUGGGUGCUGCCUGAAGAGAGACACAGCGGAGACCAUAUAAGGGAUGACACAGGCUCAGGGGACUCCUGGGCUAAAUUCUCAUCUGGGGAGCACCUCCUUCUGGAGCCUAGUAGGGUAAUGGCAUACGGAGCCCACGCAAGUGGUCAGACUAACUUGACCCGGCCCUUCAGCCGAGGCAGCCACCGCCGAUCGCAGAGUUCACUGACCAUAUGAGGGGCCUGCCAAGAUCUGUACACACUCAGAGGAGGCCACCCGACCACUGGCGUCAUUAGCCAUAACCCUUCAUGGAGCAAAGAAUAUGCCAGUCUUAUUCUCUGCCCCCACCAGUCUUGAUGUCCUUAGAGGAAGUGCUGGCCCCAAGGAGUAGGACAAAAAAAGACUGGAAACCAGUUGACCACUAGUUUUCUCCUGCUGCCAGGCAGCACAUCUUGCAAAGAGAGUUUUUUAAUAAGGAGGCUAUGUUUCUACUGCAUUGAUUUUUUUUUUAAUUUUUUCACUCAGAGAACUACUUUGGCCUUCUAAUUCAUUACAGCCUACAACUCAAUGCAGUUAGAUCAUCACUUUCCAAGAUUCCAAGAAGCACAUCAACCCAGCCCAUAUCUUAAGAUCUGGAAGGUUCUGGGUUUGUCAAACCAUCACUUCACCCUUUGAUGCCAAGACUUAAAGUUUCAGAAGAAUCCCAUAUACAACAGCGCUUCAUCUUGAGGGUACUGCAGUGAUGCUCAUGGUGGGGUUCAUAUCCCUUCCAUUCUCAGGGUUGAGUCUUCUCUAAGCCAAAGAAAAUCACAUCUAAAGAUUAAAACUUGAUUUGACCUCAGUGCCACAGACACUUCUGAGGGUCAUAGUGCCACAUCUAGCACAAGAGGCAGAAAGAACAUAGACAUGUGAAAGUAAACAGAUGUACCUAAAACCCCAUGCUCCAGCUAGAAGGACACGUGCCCCCACAGUCUGGGGAAUCUACCAAGAGUACAUGGGCAGCACUGUAUUUUAAAGAUAUUUAUUUUAUUUAUUUUUAAAUAAAAUUAAAAUAUUCCCCCAUUUUCAAAAGGUUACCCAACACCAUUUCACUUUUUUCAAAAGCCCAUCCUCGGUACCUCUUUUUGCUAACUGAAAGAAAUCCAAAGAGAAUUUUUGCUUUUACAAAAAAAAAAGUGAAGAGGGAAGAUAGCAUUCAGCAUUUUUUUUUUGCAGCCAUCACAAAGGCAGUGCCUACACCCCGAGCACUGAGAGAUACCACCAAGCUCCUUUCCCAGAACUACACUCAUUGUCCCAGAAUCAAACCACCAUAGGUCUGAACUAUUUCUGAUCAUCUGAUCAUCUGUGCUUUAUCUCAAUUUAUCCUAUACAUCCAUCAGCAAUAUUUGUCCUGAGGUAAUUGCCUCUUUGCUUUAUGCUAUUUCUGCUCAUAAAAACUAUCACAGUAAUGCUCUACUUUCAUAUAGUGGGGGGAAACCUGUACCCAUCCUUAUUCAGCUCUCAAAAAAGAUCUAAGAUCAGAUCUUUUCACAGCUGCAACCAUAAUAGAAGACCCACAUUAUAGGGCAACUCUGAGCCCAAACAGUGACAUCUGAGAGGGUAGAACCCAUGUCAAACCCCAUUCAUUAAGCAUAUCCCAGAAUAUUACAUGCUUCUGUUGAAUUAGGGAGAGUCAGAAGUCUCACUUCACAGGGAAAAGAAGGAUUACACAGACUUCUUACCCCUAGAAGUAGUAAAUGCCAAAAAUGAAGAAGAGCUCAAAACAGUGUUCCAAGAAGCACAUCAACCCAGAAUUCUAUCAUCCAUCCUUUCAUUCCAGUACUUGUCGAGAAAAGUCUUGAAGCCUACCAUGGACAAGGAUAUCCCAUCCCUAGUCUUUUAAAAUAAGUUAGGGAUGACUGCUGAACCCUCGCUCCUUAAGGUGAUGCCUAUAUACUAGGUAAAAGGUACAGGGGUGGGAACAAGUGUGGCACAUCACAGCCACCACAUGAAUUGAUUUAUCACUUGAGUAACUUCUCAGCAAAGUUGCCCCAAAAGAGCUCAGCAAUCAAGUUGGCACAUGUCAGACUAAGCUGCUCCUCUGACCAUCUUGCUGGCAAACCUGAACAGAAAGGGUCAUUCAGGGUAUCGUCCUAGAGUCAAUAUACUGGGUCUCUUUCAGUGACUCUGCCACAUUCUGAUACCAGCACUGGACACCUGGUGAGUAUUCAGAGGAAUCCUACAUGAGGAUUGCAAAAGGAGCAGCAGGUAAACACAUAAGGCAAAACAGUAAUGAUAUAAAUUGUCUCAAAUGAGAGGAUUGAGCCAAAGCUAAGAUCUCAGGGUCCUUCCUUUCCCCAUAUGAUUCCUGCCCACUCCUGAAAGCCGGAUGAGACAGGUAGGAUGUUUCAAAAAAAAAAAAAGAACAGAUUAUGGAGGAGAAUACUGGCCUCGGGGGACCGAGCUGUGUUUUUUUUUUUUUUUUCUCUGCCUCCCAUUCUCUGGGAGCCAGGAGUGUUGAUGCAGGAUGCCACACCUGCAAAGUAGGUUAGAACAACCCUACCUCUCAGGCUUUGCGUAGAGAUCAAGUCAAAACUACAUGAGGUUGUUAAAACCCUCUGAAAGCUGUAAAAACCCUCAGUCAUAACAUGGAGAUUUUUAUUUCAGAGCUAAGAGGAAGCUGAGAAAAUAUCUGACUCCUGUACCUAAAUGCCUAACCACACCCAACAUUCUGAUGCUGUUCUUUCUUAUAUGACCAACCAUUCCAGUUUGCCUGGGCUUUCCCCAGUUUCAGCAUGGAAAGCCCCACAUUCUGGGAACUUCCUCAGUCCUGAGCUAAUUGGUCAUCUAUUCUUGCCCUUCUUUGUAAACCAAACCAACUGUGACCGUCCAAGUGCCAUCUUAAGGGAAGAGGCUAUAACAACUGUUUCUCUGUAACAAUGCUAAUAAUUAUACUUGAUACAUUUUUAUACCUCCAUGGCCUUUUACAGAUUGAAAAUGUUCUAUCCUUUAUUAGAAGGAAAAAAUAAAAAUGGUCUUCAAUCAUUGCCUAAA